GGAGUCCCAAUGCUAUCUUUUUAAACGAAAAAUAAGAUCACCUUUUUGUGAAGAGAAACAAUAUUACUUCUUCCAUUCUGAUUUUGAUGCUUUUUGUUUCCUUAUUUUUCUUUCCUUUUUUUGGCUGGUUGCUCUGUCUGGAACUUGCAAUAUACCACGUUGCAUAAAAGGUAUGAAAAAAAACACAUGCUUGUCUUGCCUUAUCUUAGAGGUCACUCUCAAUGUUUCACUUUGCAGAAUGGUUUUAGAGGUGGGUUUACAUAUAUGACCUAUUUUGUGUUGUGGAAGUUUCCUUCUAUUCUUAGUUACUUGAAUGCUGUUAGUCUAAGGAAUGCUCCAUUUUGUCACAUUUUAUUUACCAUCUGUGGACAUACUUAUGUUACCCUUUAUUCUGUUAAUAUGGUGUAUUACACUGAGGGAGUUUUAUUGCCUUCCUGGAAUAAAUGCCAUUUGGUCAUGAUGCAUAACCCUUUUCUACACCAUGAUCAAAAGGCUGCUAUGCUUGAACCGGUUCACAUGAAUAUACCUUGGGAUUAUUGCUCUCUACUUUUCUGUUCUUGCAAUGUCUUUUCAUGGCUUUGGUAUCAGUGCAAUCCUGGCCCAAUGGAAUAAAGUAAGAAGUGUUUCCCCUUUGAAUUUAUUUGGAAGACGUUGAGAAAGAUUGAUGUUAAUUCUUCUAAUUCUGUGUGGUUCUUGUGGUGCUUAGCCAUGACUGCUCCAUUGGAAAGCCUACACAAAAUGCAAUUUUCCUAGAAGAAAGAUGCUCUUUGGCUUAUGGUGUAGCCUGUCCCCUGCUUUCUAAAAAGCGGUGCUUCAGCUACAAGAGUAUACAGUACCACAAUAAUGGAGAACUCUCUCUCUCCCUACCCUCACUUUUGUGUGUGUGUGUUUGUUUGUAUGUGUAUGUGUGUAUAGCUCAGUGGAGUACACACCCAUAAAGCAUUUACAGCAACCCGAAGCUGUCUUAUGCAAUAGAAAAUGCAGAAAUUAGAGCAGCUAGAGAUGUAGAGUAAAGGUAGAAAGACCGAGAAUUAUGGAGGAAUGAAUUAUGUUCCAUUAGUGUACAUUACAUAAAAUGUAUCCUGUUUUAGACAGACAUCAUAUAUAACAUAUAAAUAUAAACACGACACUGAACGGUAGUGUCCACUGCCUUAGAAUGUUUCUAAAGAUGCAGGAGGCUUUGAGCUCUUCUCUCUUGUUUGCAUCCAACACAUACUCCCAUUGUGUUACCUGUUCUGCUCACAACUUUUUCUUUGAUGUUGCCUGAUGGUUUCGGGUGAGCUCUUGACUGAAGGCCUUUGUGCAUGUGAUGUAUCUGCCUUAGCUGGUUUUCUCAAAGUUAUCUGCAAGGUUCAUAUAUCCCUUAAUUUUCCAGGUCAGAAGCCCCUAAUCAGACUUGAUACAAUGGCAGGUUUCCCUUCAACUUAGGACUCCUUUGUCCUGAAUUAUUUUACUUAUUAGUUGUAACCACCACUUGAAAUAUCAUUUAUUCACUUUUAAAUAAUCUAUUUUCCUCCCUCUGACUGACACACACACACACACACACACACACACACACACACAAGACUUGGUUUUGUUCAGGUCAAACACACAUCACUACUUUUUGCAAUGCUUUUGAUAAUACUUGUCACAAGAUAAUUUGCUAUUUUGUUGGUGAAAAAAAGGUCUCAGGAAGUUUAUGGAGGAGAACGUUGUUUUGAAUAAUUGUUUUGAUUAGGAACAAGAAUUGUGAACAGUUUCAGCCUCACAGAAAACAGGGAGCAUGUGAAAGUCCCUGAAAUUUUCUGGUACAUAUUUGAGAUUGGUAGGGAAUGUGUAAGAAUUAGUGAGUGCGUCAUGUUGAAAACACAGCAGUUCUUUUCAUUCUUUGAUCACUGCUGAUGCCUUUACAAGGAUCUUGUCUGUUCCAGCUGUUUUCAUCAGUUACAUGGAAGGAAGAAAUCAAACUCAUGUUACAGAAUUUAUCCUCCUGGGACUCUCCGACCAGGGGGAACAGCAGUCUCUGCUCUUUUGGGUGUUCCUGUCCAUGUACCUGGUCACCUUCACUGGGAACCUGCUCAUGAUCCUGACCAUUAUCACGGACCCCCGCCUCCACACACCCAUGUACUUCUUCCUCUCCAACCUCUCCUUUUCAGACAUCUGUUUCACCUCCACCACCGUCCCAAAGAUGCUGCUGAACAUCCAGACGCAGAGCAAAGUGAUCACCUAUGAAGGCUGUCUCAGCCAGAUGUACUUUUUCAUGGUUUUUGCAGGAUUAGACACCUUCCUCUUGACAGUGAUGGCCUAUGACCGGUUUGUGGCCAUCUGUCAGCCACUGCACUACAUGGUCAUCAUGAACCCCAAGUUCUGUGGCAUCCUGCUCCUGGUAUGCUGGUUAUUGAGUAUUUUUAACUCUCUAUUACAUGACUUGCUGAUUUUGCGACUCUCUUUUUGCACAGAUCUGGAAAUCUAUCACUUUUUCUGUGAAGUUAAGCAGGUGAUCCAACUUGCUUGCUCUGAUACCUUCCUCAAUGACCUAGGAACAUAUCUGGCGAGUGGAUUUCUGGGUGGUUUUCCACUCACUGUCAUCCUCUCCUCAUACUCUAGAAUUGUCACUUCCAUUUUGAGAAUUUCAUCAGUGAGGGGCAAGUAUAAAGCAUUUUCCACGUGUGGGUCUCAUCUCUCAGUGGUCUCUUUGUUCUAUGGUACAAGCCUUGGGGUGUAUCUGAGUUCUGCUGCUGCACAAAACUCCAGGGAAAGUACCAUAGCCUCAGUCAUGUACACAGUGGUGACGCCCAUGUUGAACCCCUUCAUCUAUGGUCUGAGGAACAGAGACAUCAAGCAAGGUCUGAGAAAGCUCUUUAGCCGAGAGACAUUCUCUGCAUAUAGGAUUCUUUGUUUCAGGAUGAAGACUUGAGUAACAGGGCUUAAAACCCUAGAAGAGCUCGAUCAUGAUAUUUGUUUCAGUUCAUAGGCUGACAAUCUGCAGUUUAUCUUUCUACAGUAUUCGGUUGCUAGAAGUUUUCAUACAUUGUGAGCAACUAUUUCUUCUGUAGAUUUUUGAAGUUUAUUUAUUGAUUUUGAGAGAGAGAGCAAGAGUGAGUGGGGAGGGAGAGAGAGAGAUGGAGAGACUAUCCCAAGCUGUGUACAGGCUUUCAGCACAGAGCCUGAAAUGGGGCUCAAUGUCAGAGAGUGGGCUCAUGACCUGAACCCAAACCAAGAGUUGGAUGCUUAGCUGACUGAGCCACCCAGGCACCCCUCCUCCAGAAAUCUUUAAAACUGUUUAGGCCUCUCAUUAAAUUUUAUCACAUGGAUUUUAAAAUUUUUUAAUGAUUAGUUAUUUUUUGAGACAGAGAGAGAGUGGGGGGUGGGGAGAAUAGGGGCAGAGAGAGAGAGAAGGAGACACAGAAU